AUGGCUGCUGAAGGCGCUGAGCUGAAGGAGGAGCAGAUCCCUCCCCAGGAGGAAGCUGGUGACGAUGAGCUAACAACCUUGUGCAAUUUACAGGAGGAGAUUGCCGCCAUGAAGCGACGGGUCGCCGAGAUGGAGUCGGAGGCCGCCAAGUUGCGUGAGAUGCAGGACACUUUGGACCAGCAGACCGAGGGUCUCCAGGAAAACAAGGAGGAUAUCGAUGCCCGGAGUAUAUUCGUCGGCAAUGUGGACUAUGGUGCUUCUCCGGAGGAGAUUCAAGCACACUUCCAAAGCUGUGGCUCGAUCAACCGAGUUACAAUCCUGCUGGACAAAUUUACUGGCCAGCCGAAGGGUUAUGCCUAUGUUGAAUUCGCGGAGCCCAGUUUGGUGGCCCAGGCCCUGGUGCUGAACGAGAGUGUCUUCCGCGGGCGUAACCUGAAGGUUACUCCCAAGCGCACCAACCUCCCCGGUAUGACCCGUGGUCGCGGACGGGGUGGGUUCCGCGGUGGUGGUCGUGGCCGUGGCGGCUUUCGUGGCAGUUAUCGGGGUGGAUAUCGCGGCCGCGGUCGUGGCUUUGCCCCCUACUAG